CUCUGGGCAGCCCCCGCGGCGUUCGCCCUGCGUCCCAGCCCCCGCGGCGGCGCAGCCGCGGCCCAUGGAGCCCGCCGGCCCGGCCCCCGGCCGCCUCGGGCCGCUGCUCUGCCUCCUGUUCGCCGCGUCCUGCGCCUGGACAGGUGUGGCAGGUGAGGCAGAGCUGCAGGUGAUCCAGCCUGAGAAGUCAGUGUCUGUCGCAGCUGGAGAGACAGCUACUCUGCGCUGCACCCUGACCUCCGUUUUCCCCGUUGGGAAGGUUGAGUGGUUCAGGGGGACCGGGCCAGGCCGGGAGUUGAUCUUCCAUUUCAAAGGAGGCCACUUCCCCCGAGUAACAAAUGUUUCAGACUCUACAAAGAGGAACAACACGGAUUUUUCCAUCCGCAUCAGUAACAUCACCCCGGCAGACACGGGAACCUACUACUGUGUGAAGUUCCAGAAAGGAAACCCCGAUGUGGAGUUGAAGUCGGGACCAGGCACCCUGGUCACUGUGAGCGCCAAACCCUCUCCCCCCGUGGUGUCCGGCCCCACGGCCAGGGCCACGCCUCAGCAGACAGUGAACUUCACCUGCAAGUCGCACGGCUUCUCUCCCAGAAACAUCACCCUGAGAUGGUUCAAAAACGGGAAUGAACUGACAGCCUCUCAGACCACUGUGUACCCAGAGGAAGACAACGCUUCCUACAGCAUCUCUAGCACAACCAAGCUGGUGCUGGCCCCGGGGGACGUUCGCUCCCAGGUCAUCUGCGAGGUGGCCCACGUGACCCUGCAGGGGGGCCCUCCUCUUCGUGGGACUGCCAACUUGUCUGAGACCCUUCGAGUUCCGCCCACCUUGGAGGUUUCCCAGCACCCCAUGGCAGGGGACCAGGUGAAUGUCACUUGCCAAGUGAAGAAGUUCUACCCUCAGCGCCUACAGCUGACCUGGUUGGAGAAUGGAAACGUGUCCCGAACAGAAACUCCCUCAGUGGCCUCCAACCUCCUAGAGAACAAGGAUGGGACCUUUAACUGGACGAGCUGGCUCCUGGUGAAUUCAUCCACCCACAGGGAAGAUGUGGUGUUCACCUGCCAGGUGCAGCAUGACGGGCAGCCUGCAGUCACCAAAAACCAUACCCUUGUGGCCUCUGCCCGCCAGAAGGACCAGGAAACACUUAAACCCGAGGACAAUAAUGACAGCCGGAGUAUCUUCAUUGUGGUGGGCGUGGUUUGUGCCUUGCUGGUGGCUCUGCUGAUCGCAGCCCUCUACCUCCUCCGAAUCCGACAGAAGAAAGCCAAGGGCUCCACUUCUUCUACAAGGUUGCAUGAGCCCGAGAAGAACACCAGAGAAAUAACCCAGGUACAGUCCUUGAUCCAGGACAACAAUGACAUCACGUAUGCAGACUUGAACCUGCCCAAGGGGAAGAAGUCUGCCCCCCGGGCCGCCGAGCCCAACAACCACACAGAGUAUGCCAGCAUUCAGACUGGCCCGCCGCCCGCGCCCGAGGACACCCUCACCUACGCCGACCUGGACAUGGUCCACCUCAACCGGGCUCCCAAGCAGACGGCCCCCAAGCCCGAGCCAUCCUACUCGGAGUACGCCAGCGUCCAGGUCCAGAGGAAGUGAAUAGGACCAUGGUCGUCUCUAGGGUCUGUCCUCAUGAGCCUUCCUGUCCCAUGUGGGACAGCCGUGAUGGGGACAGCCAGCCCAGUUCCCAGAGGGCCGGGAUGGUGCAGGCCCUGGGACCCCAGGAUGAGGCUGGCUCUUGUUUCCCCGACCCGCCUGGCUCUCCAGCAUUUCCAGGGCAGCCACAGUCCCCCCACAUGGCCACACAUGGAGGCCAAUGUUGCCAGACCCGCCGGGGGACCGACCUGGGAACUGGCCAGAGCUGCUGGGGGUCCGGGAAUCCUCAUGCCUGUCUCCAUCAACAUGUGGGUCUUGGUCAUGGUCUUGGAGAACCUGACCUCGCCCUUAAUGCUCUGCAGCCUGAUCUUCCGGGAUGAGGAGGGAGAGAACCCCACCUCCUUUCACUACCACCCAACUGAGGCUUGGGGAAAAUUUUCCCUGUAGAUCGAACUGCCCCAUCCAUGGAGAAGCUGGAAAAAAAAUUUAAAUUAAAAAAAAACCUCUGGGACCCGCAUCCCAAGACUUGGUGAGAUUGCUGCCAAUAGUCCUAGCCUCCCGAUCCCAGGACUAAUGAGGCACAAGCCCUGGGGGAGGGGAGGAUCCUCCAAGGAACUCCCACACAACCACCACCACCACCACCACCAAGGACUGAGUAACAAAGCCCUUCUCCUCCUGGUGGCCCUCCGAGACUCCUUGAGGACCCAUCAUCCCAACCGUGAAGCUCCACGUGGCCCCUCCUCUCCUUUCUAGACCUGAGCUUGCUUCCUCCAGCUCGCACUAACUCAGCAACAUCUCGCUGUGGACGCCUGUAAAUUAUUGAGAAAUGUGAAAUGUGCAAUCUUGAAACUGAGGUGUUAGAAAAUUUGAUCUGUGGUGUUUUGUUUUGUUUUUUUUUUUCUUAAAAUGACAGCAACGUUAUCUUGGCUCUUUGUCAUGUGUUGAAGUACCUGGUUGGGUCUUGUGCGGUCUAAGGUUUACCAGUUGAUUGUCCUGGAGGGAUCUUCUUACAGCAGAAACCGAGUCCUUCCCCGUCCCAGACCCUGAGGAUGGGGCAAGGAAGGUCGUGGUGUGGCUGCUCCAUGGAGGUGCUUAGCCUUCUUUCUCCGGGACAAAACUGGCCACGUCCUCAGCUGAGCCACGUGGCUGAAACUGCUGCCUUCCGUGCCCCCAGUGUGCUAAGUCCAAGCCUGCCCACUACUUCUCCAGGCUGCAUCCUUCACAGGGCAGUCUUGUCGAAAACUGAGGCCUCAGUCUUCUCAUCCAGAAAGAGGAGAAAGAUGCCCCCAUCCCACCCCACCCCCGCUCUCUGCCAUCUCACAAGUGCUGGAUGCCGUGCAGGGGAGGGAAGCUAUGCCUGGCUGUUGUUCCCACCCUUUAGUGACUGCUCCCAUUCCAGCUCACUGAGCUGAUCCCUGUAGGAGGAAUCUUCUGUUUCUGCUCUCAUAUCCUUUCGAGAUCAAACUGGAAUAAAUCCAAGACAGGAUUUUGGGCAGGAGGUUGGGCAGAUGCUGCGACCUCUUACCCCUGACGCCCUCAUAUCCUUUCGAGAUCAAACUGGAAUAAAUCCAAGACAGGAUUUUGGGCAGGAGGUUGGGCAGAUGCUGCGACCUCUUACCCUGACGCCCACACUUCCAAUGGGGUGAAGGGGGCCUGGCUGGUCCCAGGGCCAGCAUGUGUUGCACGCCCUGUUUAUUCAGUCUUCACGUAUCACCGACCUACUGUUGGAGCUGAGAGGUUCAUAUUCUCUGCCCCCCUGGGUCCUGCCAUUUGAUGUCCCAGGGACUCCAGGCCAUCAGAGCGAGAGGCUGAGCCAUCUUGUCCAUCAGCAGGUCCUACGCAUGGAACACCGGGAGCUCUGCUCAGACCCAGUUCUCUGGGGACGGUGAUUUGGUGUUUUACAUGAUGGCAUCCAGGAAUUGGCUGAGCCAACAGGCCAUGUGGGCCGCUUUGGCCCAGUGAGCCAGUUUCUCUGUGGCAUCUGGGAGCACAGCGGUGCAGCCACCUGGCUCAAGCUAUUUCCAAAUUCCAAAAGGAUGGCUUGUAAACCUUGGUCUCCCUCUCUUCUGCCCAGAGAAGGCACAUGUGCUUGAGCGUGCACACGUGUGCACACAUGCACACACACACAUACACACACACACACACAAACGGAAUUUUAAGAGAAUGUUUUCUUGGUGCCAUUUUAAUUUAAUUUUAUUUUGAAUUUUGGAAGGGGAGUAAGGGAAUGAGGCCAAGGAAGUUGUGCAGCUUUUAGCUCCGGCCUGGCAGCCUGGAGAUUCCCAUACCUUGUGUAUCGAACCCCAGGAAAAGGAAGAGGUCGAAACAACACUGCGGAAGGAGCGUGGUUUCGGGAGUUUAUUUUAAGACUGCUAGGAAGGAAACAGGCCCCAUUUUGUAUAUAGUUGCAACUUAAACUUUUUGGCUUGCAAAAUAUUUUUGUAAUAAAGAUUUCUGGGUAACAACAA